CGACUAUCGCCCGGGAGCUUGAAAGAACGCUGAGAACCUCAGCCCUCUCUGGCCAGACCCUGCACCUCCAGGGCCCGCUCUGAAGACAGGGGUUCGGGUGGGAUUCGGGAAGGAGCCCGAGAGAGAGGAGGAGCUCAAACACCUUAAGCCAGGGCCGAGCGGAUUUCACCCUGCGGGAGACCUAGUGGACAGAGGCCGGAAGGGGCGUCCUCUGGCACCUUGCACCUCGCCCCUCGCCCGGCGCCACUGAGCAGUCCAGGAAGGGGCUCCGGGCAAAGACUGGGUUCUAGAGCCAUGGCCCAGGCGGCGGAGCCAGAGGGCUGCGCUCCGGGUCCCCAGGGGCCGCCCGAGGACCCAGCGAUUCUGGCGGCUGAAUCGAAGGCAGAGGGGCAGGAGGCUGGAGAGGGCGCAGCAGCGGAGCCGGGCGGCGAGGAGACGCGCUCGGUGGAAGAGGAAGAAGGCGGCGGGCGGGAUGCGGGGCUCGCGGGCGAGGGAGGGGGCCCGGAGGCAGAGACGCAGGGCUGGAGAGGGGCGCAGGGCUGGGAGGAGACCGGAGAGGGAGCCCUGGACCGCCCAGCGGUGCCCGCGGUGAAGGAGGCGGGCCGCGCCGAGCAGGUGGAAGAGGCCCCAGGGGAGGCUCAGGGGGACCCCGCGGAGGCGCACGGGGAAGCAGAGCGUGGGCUGGAGGAGCCACCGGAGCUCCGCCUAGACGCGCAGGGACCGGCCGGGGACAGCGUGGAAGCCGAGGCGCCGGCGGGAGGGCCGCGAGGGGAGGAGACCGAGCCCCGGGGCGGAGGGGAAUGCGGCCCCCAGCCCCAGCCGGAGAGCACCGGGCCCGGCCCCGGGGAGCCUGGGGAGGCUGCGGGGGAGGACGGGGUGCCCGAGACCGGGUCCCCGGGGGCAGAGGAGUCAGGGGAUGCGGUCCUCGGGGAUGCGAGGGCAGACGCUGGAGAGAAUGGUGACCCGGGAGGGCUCCGGGGGGAGAGCGGGGAGGAGGAAGGGAAGGCAGAGCCGAGCCCCGAGGGACCCCGCGAGGGAGCCACACUGGGGGGCGAGGAGCAGCCCCCCAACGGCAGCGGUGAUGGGGAGGCGGCCGAGCCUGGGGAGCCGCAGCCCCAGCUCAGCAACCACCUGGCCAAAGAGUGCAGCCCCCAGGAUGGCGAGAUGGCCCCGGAGGGGGACCCGGGACAGGAGCACGACAUCACCCUCUUCGUCAAAGCUGGUUAUGAUGGAGAGAGUAUUGGAAACUGCCCGUUUUCUCAGCGUCUUUUUAUGAUUCUCUGGCUAAAGGGUGUUAUAUUUAAUGUCACAACCGUGGAUCUGAAAAGGAAACCUCUGGACCUGCAAAACCUGGCUCCUGGGACAAACCCUCCUUUUAUGACUUUUGAUGGUCAAGUCAAGACGGAUGUAAAUAAGAUUGAGGAGUUCUUAGAGGAGAAGUUAGCACCCCCAAGGUACCCUAAGCUGGGGACCCAACACCCUGAAUCUAACUCUGCAGGAAAUGACGUGUUUGCCAAAUUCUCAGCAUUUAUUAAAAAUACCAAGAAGGAUGCAAAUGAAAUUUAUGAAAAGAACCUGUUACGGGCCCUGAAGAAGCUGGAUAACUACUUAAACAGCCCUCUGCCUGAUGAAAUAGAUGCCAACAGCACGGAGGAUGUCGCUGUUUCGGGCAGGAAGUUCCUGGACGGGGAUGAGCUCACGCUGGCUGACUGUAACCUCUUACCCAAGCUGCACAUUAUUAAGAUUGUGGCCAAGAAAUACAGAGAUUUUGAAUUUCCUCCUGAAAUGACUGGCAUCUGGAGAUACUUGGACAAUGCUUAUGCUAGGGAUGAAUUCACAAAUACAUGUCCAGCUGACCGGGAGAUCGAGCAUGCAUAUUCAGAUGUUGCCAAAAGAAUGAAGUGAAGCCUGAGUGCUUUCUGUUUUAUUUCUCAGUUAGAUGAUUGGGGCUUCAAGAAGAGUGUGUUCAUGCAUCUCCCCAAGGCCAACCAUCUUUUGCAAAAUAAUGCCAAUUUGUCAGCUCAGUCAGUAUCUGCCCUAAUACAUGCCAGUUGCCUACUGCAUGUAAAUUAAGUUUUUGACAUUCACUGACAUCAUAAUCUAUGAUAUUCAGGACAUGUGUUUUGCAGUUUAAGUUUCAAAGCCAAUUAGGUUUGGGCUUAAUUCCUUCCAUUUAUAAAAACUUGGUCUGCCUUUGAUAGUUUUUCAUAAUCACACAUAGCAUGUUUUCUCCUCUUAAAUGUUAGCUUACAUUUUUUCAAAAUGAAAGCACUACUUUUCAUAAUUAUAAAAAUGACGCACGCUUGUUUUAAAACAGUAUCAGAGAGAUAAGGGAGCAAAAAAUCACCUACAAUUUUGUCCCACGUGGUUGCUGAUAAUUUAUUGGUAAAACAUCUUCCAAAUGUUCAGUCUUUCGCACAAACAUAAUUGCACUAUGUACAUUUCAUUCAUUGAUUCUAUUGUUUCUUUAAAGGACUGGCGCGGGGACCUCUUGGUAUUGCCUUGAUAUCCAUCCAAAGAGGACCUAAAACAAAGAAACAUGUUCUGCCGUACACAGCAGAGGUUACUUUAGACCAGUUUUUAAAGAGGUGGGGAAGUGGUGAGCGGCAGAGCCCCAGCAGGAGUCCGCUGUGAUGAGCGCCGCCACCUGGUCACCACCUCCAGGAAAGGCGGUGGUAGAAGGGGCUCAUCUGUGCCUUUGGUCCCAGCUUCCCUGUUGCCUUCCCUUUUCCCACCCUUCUCAUGAAGUCUGUGCCUCCAAUGGGAACUCUCACGUCAUUUGCAACUUGGAGAGCCCCCCUGCCUUGCGUUGAAAUGUGAGCCAUGCAUCUUUUGGUUGCUUCUCGUGGCUGCUCUCGCUGAGUUCCAGCUUUGCUCUUCCUCUAUGAUGAUGAUGAUGAUGAUGAUGAUGAUAUCUUGGGGCUCACCCAGUCAUUGCUGCUGCUUUGCUGUUUUAUCUCAUUUAGUGGUCAGGCUGGAAAAACCCAGGGAGAUUAAAUUCUUGGUGACUAUCUUGGGCAGUUCUGGUAAAUGGUCCAGUGAGGGCAGAAGUGGAAAAGAUUGACUCAAAGAGUUUCUGGUCUAUAUGUGGCUUUCCCUCCUCCAGUCCUCCUCCGACCCAUGCACCGCAGCUGUGUGUGGGCGGAUACUGGGCCCCGACCCCAGACCUGGAGAACAGGUGGGGCUGCUUAGAUUUCAUCAGGACCUCACGGUUUGUCCUUGACCUCCACAGGCAUCGCACAGAAAACUUUGCUGUAGAGUUGGUUGAAGCCGAAAUGCUCAUUCUCGAUAUGCACACCUGCUCUAUGGCCGAUUCAUUUGAAAGGGAGGAGAAUGCAUGAAUGCUAACAGCUGUGGAAUUCGGUGGAAAUGCCUUAUAAGGAAGCAAAGUCUUUAAUAUGGUGCCCACUUUCUGUCCCUGCUUACUAGAUGCUGCAGUUCUAUGCCAGCAGCCUGCUUCCUUCACCAGCCACACAGGUUUGGAGGUGCUGUCUGUCAUGGCUCACUGGGGUCCACUUUGCACACAUCUGUUUAAGAGUCAGAUUUUUAAGUCUCCUUUCCUAAUGUUACACUCAAACUUGGUAAAUGAGUAGACCACCACGUGUUACUAGUGCUGACUUUGUAGUUAUAGAUGUUAAAAUGAUCAGAACUCCUGUGUGCCUUAAAAAUUGAAUAAAUUAUGAAAACAUUUGAAUGGAACCAGUCUCAAUA